AUGGUUGACCUUGAUAAUGUACGCGUCGAUAUUGACUACAAGAAUCACGAUGGAGAAAAUGUUGGAGAGGCGCUAAAGAGAUUAGAAUUUCAGAGACAAGAAAGGUUGAAUCUAGUGCCAACUCUAAAAGAAGAUGUUAUACAUGCAUUGGAACUUUUAGGACAGCCUAGUUCUAUUGAUAAAGAAGAUGACUAUGCACGUAGAGACCGAUUGGCUGACAUCAUACUCAAAAGUGAUGAAGCUAGAGACAAGAUUGUCAAAUAUAUGUCAUCAACCUCUGAUACCCAUAUCGAAGACAAACAUUCGAUAGCAGAUGAAGAAGAGUUCUAUACACCAGCAUCUGAGAAUUUGAUUGCGUUUAGAAAGUUUUUGAUAACAUUUUCUUUGAAUAGAGCUAAACUUAGAGUUAAGAAUGAGAGAAGACAGCUCUCCACUCAGUCUGUAAAAGAUGUUAUCUCCAAGAGAAGAAGACUAGAGUGUAAUUUGAAAAAAUAUUCCUUGAAUGGGACCAAAGUAGUUGACGAGAAACCUGUAUCUGAGAUUAGAUCCUCUUCAAAUGGAGAAUUUAUUGCUUGCGGUAGUUGGUCAGGUAAUUUGUCAAUAUUUAAAACCUCAAUGGAAAAAGCGUAUGUUAAUAAAGCACUGGAGGGCACGAAAAUUAGUGGAUUGGAUUGGAGUGCGGAUGACCGAAAUAUUGUAGUGUGUACUUAUGAUGGGAAAAUAGCGAUGUACGAUACUAGCUCUGAAAAUACUGUUGAUAUAUUACAUUCAAAUAACGUUAGAUUUGCAAAAAUACGAUAUCAUCCUUGUAACAAUGUUGUCGGAAGUACUUCUUUUGAUAAAACAUGGGUCUUAUUUGAUACUGAAAAGAAAGCUGUUCUCUUAAAGCAAGAAGGACAUGCUAAUGAAGUUUUCUCCCUUGUAUUUAAUACAGAUGGAUCUCUGGCAUGCACUGGUGGAUUAGAUUCAGUUGCAUUGGUGUGGGAUUUAAGAUCCGGAAAAACCAUUAUGUCUCUUCAAGGGCAUUCAAAACCUAUAUACUCUUUGGACUGGGCUAAAAAUGGGUACCAACUAGCAUCCGGUAGUGGUGAUGGCACUAUAAAGAUUUGGGAUAUCAGAAAGAAAGAGAAAGCAGAGACUAUAUUGGCACACAAUAGUCUUGUAUCACAAGUAAGCUUUAGUCGUGAUGGGAGCGAUUUCCUUGUUUCUUCUGGUUAUGAUAAAAAGGUUAACAUAUUUAAUGGAGGAAAUUGGAUCAAAGAGAAAACUUUGGAAGGACAUCUUGAUAAGGUUAUGUCUGUCGACAUUGUAAAUUCUGAUAUAUAUAGUGCUGGCUGGGACCGUUCGUUAAAUAAAUGGAGCUUUUGA